AUGAAUGAUAAUCAUUACAAUCACAAGGGUAGCAGAAAUGGUAAUGGUAUUAAUAACCAACUUCACGUCUCCAAUAAUAACACUUCGCCUUCCGCCACCGAAUUAGAGGAAGACCCGCCACUUGUAAAGAAUCAACCUCGUAAUUUAGAGGACUAUUUCUUCCCUACGCAUAGAUUUCAGAAAACGCUGCAAGAUCCCAAAAAAGAACCCCUUGUGAUUGUGGCGUGUGGCUCUUUUUCCCCAAUAACAUACCUUCAUCUUCGAAUUUUUGAAAUGGCUAAAGAUUAUAUAAUUGAAGAUAGCAAAUUCGAGAUUAUGGGCGGUUACUUCUCCCCCGUAUCAGAUCAUUAUAAGAAAGAAGGUCUCGCACCAGCUUAUCAUCGCGUACGGAUGUGUGAGAUGGCUGUUGAAAGAACGUCCACCUGGUUGAUGAUUGAUGCGUGGGAGAGUCUACAGAAAGAGUACACCCCUACCGCCGUAGUGUUGGAUCAUUUUCACGAGAUGAUCAAUAUUCAAGGUGGUGGCGUAAAGACGUCUGAUGGGAAAACAAGAAAUGUCAAGAUUAUGUUACUCGCUGGUGGUGAUUUAAUUGAAUCAUUCAGAAUUCCUAAUCUCUGGUCGAAUGAAGAUCUUCAUCACAUAUUAGGUGAUUUUGGAUGCUUGAUCGUGGAAAGAACAGGCGCGGAUGUAUGGGGAUUUUUAUUGUCACAUGAUAUAUUGUAUGAACAUAGGAAAAAUGUAUACGUGAUUAAGCAGUUAAUUUAUAAUGAUAUCAGCUCGACUAAAGUGCGUCUUUUUGUGAAAAGAGGCAUGUCGAUAAAAUAUCUCUUACCCAAUUCCGUGAUAAAAUACAUACAGCAACAUCAACUUUAUCUGGGGAAUACAGAAACAAUAGAGUCAGUAAUUGACUCAGAUAAUGAAGUAGUAGCGCAAAUAUCAAAGAAGAUCGAGGUUCUCAACUUAUAA